AUGCCGGCACCUGCCAGCAGACUUGCCGGCCUUCAGAAGCAAGUAUGGAGCGGCAGCAUUCCCCUCGACAUCCGGCUGGCGACAGCAGACUGCCGCUCCUACGAUGACUCGGACCCGUACUUGGUGCAGCUUCCUCGCCUCUCCUACCUCCCCUUCGUCCUGGCAAGACUGCACGCCUUCUUCAAAGACAGCCUCAUCCAUCCCGAUGUCGCGCCGAAUGAAGCAUGGCUGUCAUUCGAAGGCGUCCCGUUGAAAUGGCAUUACCCCGUUGGAUUACUGUACGACCUCUUUUCCGGCGCUGAGCCUAUCAAACUCGAUGUUUUGCCUGAGGAUGCGCCACCAGACUCCGGUUCUCCUAGCUCUCCCCUGCCCUGGCGGUUGAUCGUACACUUCUCGGACUAUCCGGGAGAUCAGCUUAUCCAACUGGAUGCAGAAGGCCGGGCGCUUCUAGACUCGUACAUCAACACUGUGAAAGAAGCAGACUUUAUCAGAAAUGGCACCGCUCGGACCGUCAUGUCUCUUAGCAAGGAUGACUCGGAUAACCUGUGGCGGGCUGUGCAAAUUCAUGAUCUCAGACUGUUCAAUACGGUGAACAACAAGCUCCUCAACCCACCCGGCUUGGAGCUACGCCAUGUUCCCGUCAAGGUCUAUCUGCCCACUUCCGCCACUCAUUCGGCCUCCGACACCAUCGCCGAGGACGCGCAACCAUCUGGACACAUACGUGUGGUCCAGGCCUUGGUGCCAUUGUUCCUAGCAACGAGACAGCCGCAGACGCUCGGGACGGCGCUGAACGGCAUCUUGCCCACCAUCUUUCCGAGUCGACGGAACCCGUUGCUCGCCCAGCCUGUCUUACACGGUGCCGUCGUUCCCAUGUCUGCCAACAUGGAAGAGCUGGGCAAGGCUGCAGCGUACGCCGACGGCUUUCUGCACAUAGCUGUAGUCAUGCUCGGAUGA